GCCAAUCAUGCGAGGUCAACAGCCGUGAGGGGAAGGUGAGGGAGUGGAUUCCGAAUUCCCUCACCUGUCGAAGUGAAGAAGACCAUCCCUCGAUACAUCCAAUGUUAGGUAAUUAAUUAACUUGUGCAAAACCAUACAAAACCUAUCAGCCCAUACUGCCUCGUGAUCUUAUUGAUUGAUACCUUGGGGAAAUCCUCGCAUCAACGACCAUGCAAUCAGAACAGCCAUGGCACACAGCUUUUCCUGCCCCGAAAACUACCCAGCCGGGGUCGCUUUCGCGGGAUGAAGUCCUAGAGAAGCUACGCGCAGGUGGUGCCGGACGUGACUUUAUAGUUGUCGAUGUUCGCCGCAACGAUUACGAGGGCGGCACGGUCCGCGGGGCCAUCAAUCUCCCCGCGCAAUCACUCUACCCGACUAUUCCUACCCUCUACAAAUUAUUCAAGAGUGCUGGCGUUGAAUACAUUAUCUGGUUCUGCGGCUCGUCACAGGGUCGUGGGACUCGCGCCGCGGGUUGGUUCAAUGAUCAUAUUCAGGAACAAGGGGACGCGAACAUGAAAAGCGUGAUCCUCACGGGCGGCAUCAAAGGUUGGGCUAAUGCUGGUGAGGAAUACGUUGAGUUCAUGGAUGGCUACGUACCAGAGUACUGGACUCAAUUCAAAUGAGCAUAAAACAAAAACGUAUCAAAGGCUAUUGUUUUCUCCGGAGCACAAUUUCUUUCACAUAAUUAUUGAAUACUUGUUGAGCCAAGGAAGAUUGAAGUGAAAAGACUGAACAAGACCUAUGUUCUCCUCGUGAAAGGUAAACAAGCAAAUGAACACAAAGACAGCAACAAUGCCUUGAAUUGCAAAGUCCGUUUUCUUUGAAGA